AUUAGAUGUCCCUGACUGCAGCAACUUUGCUCAGGGCUAGCUGUGACCUCAGAGUGACUACAGCAGGCUCACGUUUUGUAGCAAGUUUAUUCAGAGCAGAAGGGCCCUCUCAGGUCUGACCAGGGCAGUGUGAAACGACCAUGGCCAAGUUUACGGAAAUGGCACCACCGCAGGAUAGUGGGUUCUCUCAUGUUUGGAAAGCCAGUUGUGCAAGAUUAGGAAUAAACUGUCUUGAGCAUCUUCACAGAUCUCACCAAAGCAGGACAUUAGAGGACCUCAAAUGGCUGCCUUUCCUCACAUCACCAUAUUUUUCCUGGUAUUCUCCACAUUGACACAUACUGUUUUUUCAGGUGCACUCAAACACCGUGACUUCUCUAAAUGGCCUAAGCCCCCGUGUAAAAUGUACUACCCCAUGGAACCUGACGAAGACUAUCCCUGUCCGGAUGUGCCUGCGUACGUUUGCGCUACAAACGGCCACACUUACAAGAAUGAGUGUUUCUUUUGUGUCGCUCAAUGGGAACUUAAUAAUGUUGAAUUUCAUAAAUAUGGAAAAUGUGAUUAAUGGAUAACAGAGUACUAUACUCGCUUAUUCUUUUCACUAAAUGCUGAAAAUCAUUUCUUCUGGAAUUUGAGGGUGUGUAAUAACACACUUCUACGCUGCGCCCAAAUUUGGACCAAAUCGGAAACAAAGGAAUUAAACUAA